CACCAGGAAAGGGGCGUUUGCAACCCGUUCGGUGCUGCUUGUACAGAAUGCGUGUUCGCUGUUUUUUUCUUGCGGGCAGGAAAAUUGGUGUUUCGUUCCUGGCCUAGAUAGACUGGGGACAGGCGCUAUUAGAACAGUCGAGAAGCUGAAACGCGAUCGGUCCCCAGCGCCGGAUGUUGUGUACGUUAAUCCGAUGGGACAACGCAAAACAAAAGGGAGAUACGAGAGUCCAGUGCCCCGCUAGGGCGGAAUAGGCAUUUUCAUCAGGAAACAACAAUAAAAACUCCCAUGCUUUUUAGGAGAGCUUGGAGAACGCGGCUGUUGUCGUCCGAACGCAGCAGAGGAGGAAAAACCUCUCCCUACUACAGAAGCCUUCUCUGCCUCUACUACUCCAGCAAAGCAGAGCUUCCCAGCGUAGCACGAUUGGGCACCAUGGUGGAUUACUAUCAAGCGCUGGGGGUGCCUCGCAACGCCUCACCAGAUGACAUCAAAAAAGCGUACAGGAAGAAAGCCUUGCAGUGGCAUCCGGAUAAAAACCCAGAUAACAAGGAGUGUGCUGAGCAGAAGUUCAAGGAGAUAGCAGAAGCCUAUGAAGUGCUGUCAGACAAGAGCAAGCGUGAAGUCUAUGAUCGAUAUGGCAAAGAUGGGCUCAUGGGUGCAGGUGGGCCCAGUGGGUCAAGAGCACAUCCAGGACCUGAAUUCACCUUCACUUUCCGCAGUGCCCACGAUGUCUUCCGGGAUUUCUUUGGGGGUCGUGAUCCUUUUGCUGACUUUUUUGAUGAUCCAUUUGCAGACCUUCGUGGACCUGCACCCCGACAUCCUGGAGCAGGGCCAUUCUUCUCACCCUUCCCAGCGUCACCGGUGCCAGGUGCACCCUUCCUUGCAAGUUAUUCUGGUGCUCUCCCUGUUGCAGACUUCUUCUCCUCUUCGCUUGGUCCUGGUAUGAAUGCAGGAAUGGGCUUCCGCUCUGUCUCCACCUCCACCAGGUUCAUUAAUGGCAGGCGCAUAACUACCAAGAGGAUCAUCGAAAAUGGGCAGGAGAGGGUAGAAGUAGAAGAAAAUGGGGAGCUGAAAUCCAUCCAGAUUAAUGGUAUUCCUGACGACAUGGCCUUAGGCUUGGAGCUGAGCCGGCGGGAGCAGCAGGCCCUACAGAACCGCAAGCCAGCGCCUUCUCCCCCAGCGACAACCCCCCAGCGCCCACCUCCGAAGCGCCCAUCCCCCAGCUCGUCCCCUGUGAUCUUGUACACGGACAGUGACGAGGACGACGAGGACCUGCAGCUGGCGAUGGCCUACAGCCUAUCUGAGAUGGAGGCCAAGGGCCAGCACAGAGCAGACCCCGAUGGACAGGCAUAUUCUGUCUGAUGCCCCUCCAUGCUGCCUCUCUGCAGGUGUGUUCUGAGUCUGGAAGAGGGGAAUUGCCUUUCUAGCAUUCGGGCUUACAAGGCUACUCAAGCCUGGACUUCGCUUUCUGUUCCCUCCCUGAACCCUGCCUGGGGGGAAGUGAUUAGCAGGCUCCGAGUGUGUUUUCUCCCUUAUAGUUCUCUCUGCUGUGUGGCCUGUAGCACUCAGUAGCUCGUGAGGGCUGGGCUCAGUGCAGCCUGUUUUUUUUUAAAAAAAAUGUACUAGUUGCUAUGCUGUUGCUCUUGAGUUAACAAACACCUAUUGGGGGAGUGAGUAUCCUCCUCUUGCUGCUCAAAAGAGCCAAGGCUUCCCCUGCCUUUUGCUGGUGCCCUCUUCCAUUGCAAGAGAGGAGCCUUGCUAAAAAAAAAUGAGAUGACCCUUUUUGCUGUGAGGCUGAGGAAGUUGUGAAAGACAGUGGUGCCAUAUGAGCUGUGAUGGGUAUGGAAAGUGAGAAGCCUCCCCUAACCAUGGCUGUGUGCAUGGUGGCCUUCAGAUCCUCCUCAGCUUUGACAGGGACUCUUUGGGAUACAGCACAGCAGCACUGUUCUUGUUUCUAAAGAUGCCUGAGGGUGCCUGUGUUAAGGGGCAGAGACCAGGGAAGAACGGCUUCCAGUUCCAUCUCCAGGGAAGUUCCAUCUUUCUGUGCAUAGAGGGCCUUAUGCUGUAUGGCAGCCUUUCUCAGCCUUUUAGUUGGGGGAUCCCACUCCCCUUAUACCUGACCAUUGGCUAUGCUGCCUGCGGGGGUGAUGGGAAUUGAAACGCAAUGCCACUUCCAGAGCCAAGGUGGGGGAAGGCUGCUCUAGAGCCAAGGGCUAUAAACCAAAUUUCCCCCUCAGAGCAGCAGGGAUGCCGCUCUUCUGGACCAGGCCUUGCAGAGAGAGAAUGUGUGGGUGUGGUAUCAACCUCUCAGGACAGAAGGGGCUGUUUCUCUCUCCACUUCCUCCUCCCAAGAAAAUCCUCUUUCAGAAGGUAGCAGGGCUGGAGUUAACCAAAAAGAAUAAAGCCUGCUCAUUGUAUCUUAAACUUGGGAGGGGGAGUGACCUCUUCUGUAAUUCAAAGUGUUGGCCUGGCAUAGAAUGGGUGACAUUGACAAUAAACCUCUUUGCAAUUAA